CUUGAGCAGUAGAGUAGAGCAGAUCUUAGAGUAGCAGGCUGUCGGCAAAAGAGGAACAAAGUAAAAAAGUAAUGUCUCAGAAACAUUCGAAGCCUGACAAGGUUAACAAAAUUUCGGUAUUGCGUAAAAUGAUAGGCCUUCAAAAAAAGCGACCAACAGCCGGAAACUACGUAGUGCCCAACAAUUCGGCCCUGAAUCUGCAGCACAAGCCAGGCGUCUACGAUCCCACGCCCAACGCCAUGGAGAAGUCCACCAAGUGUCGCUAUUGCGAAAACAUGGCCAAGAACUUCCUGUAUCUGGAGAGUCUGAUCCGAAACAACAAGGACAACGACAAGACGACCAAAUGCAGUCUGUGCAGCUCGGCGCUCAAGUAUCUGGAGUACGUGAACCGCAAUAUCCGUCAGGUUUUUGGCAACUUCGAUGCGAUUGUGCAGGCGGAUCGCGCUCUGGCCGCCAAGCCAGCCAUGAUGCCCAAGUACUCGGUGGCCGGGCCCCCAGAAAAAGUUGAUCAGCGUGCCAAGGGCGGCGCCCUCGUAGCGCUCCAAAAGUCUGCCAAAAGCCUCAAGACCAAGGGCUCAACUUUGAAGUCCAAGUCCCAGGAGAAAGACGUUAAGGGCCAGAAGUCAUUGAAGUCGCUCAAAUCGCACAAAUCGACAAAGUCAUUGAAGUCUACAAAGUCCACAAAGUCAAGAAAGUCCCACAAGUCGGCCCUAAAGCUCUCCAAGCCCUCCAAAGGACUGGCCAAAUCGAAGAGCAUGGGUCCCAAGAGUCUGAUCAGCCAUGGCAAGAUGAUACUGAAGCGCAAGUUCCGCAACAAAGUGGCCAGCAAGUUGGCCGGCGCCAAGGUGGUGCGCAGUGUUAGCCAGUACCGCAGCCUGGCCUCUGCCCGCUCCAAACUCUCGAAGGGAUCGAGCCCCAAGAAGCUGGCCAAGCAGCGCUCCACCGGUCCGCCCACCAGCAUCAACUGGCAGCUGCUCAAGCGGAAUCUGCCCAAGCGGCCCACUUCCGUCAAAUAGAGGUCGGGGAUCAGCAGAAUUGGCUGCGCACAUUGCUAUCUGCUUUAGAUUAGAAAAACUUCGUUAAAAUUUUGCAAGUGCUUUUUGACAUACAUAAAAUGAGACUUAUACAA